AUGGAAAACACCGAAGAGUUCUUGGAAAACUUCACAGACGAGGACAAAAACGAGAGACAAGUGGAGCUGUCCACGACCAGUCUGCCGCUGUCUGCAGGGAUUGGCUUGGGCCCUUGCGACACGAGGGCUUGCUUCCCGCGGCCUUGCAACAGGGAGGAGGCGGCGGCGACCGUGAGGAAGGAGGAUGAGGGGGCGGCCGAGGCGAAGCCUGAGCCCGGGCGCACACGCCGGGACGAGCCCGAAGAGGAGGAGGACGACGAGGACGAUCUCAAGGCUGUGGCCACCUCUCUGGACGGCCGCUUCCUCAAGUUCGACAUCGAGCUGGGCCGCGGUUCCUUCAAGACGGUCUACAAGGGGCUGGACACGGAGACCUGGGUGGAGGUGGCCUGGUGUGAGCUUCAGGACCGGAAGCUCACCAAGCUGGAGCGGCAGCGGUUCAAGGAAGAGGCUGAGAUGCUGAAAGGCCUGCAGCACCCCAACAUCGUGCGCUUCUACGACUUCUGGGAGUCUAGCGCCAAGGGCAAGCGGUGCAUUGUGCUGGUGACCGAGCUGAUGACCUCAGGGACACUGAAGACGUACCUGAAGCGGUUCAAGGUGAUGAAGCCCAAGGUUCUCCGCAGCUGGUGCCGGCAGAUCCUGAAGGGCCUGUUGUUCCUGCACACGAGGACGCCGCCCAUCAUCCACCGAGACCUGAAAUGCGACAAUAUUUUUAUCACCGGACCAACUGGGUCUGUGAAGAUUGGCGACUUGGGCCUGGCCACUCUCAAAAGAGCGUCAUUUGCCAAAAGUGUGAUAGGUACUCCCGAGUUCAUGGCGCCCGAGAUGUACGAGGAACACUACGAUGAGUCCGUGGACGUCUAUGCCUUUGGGAUGUGCAUGCUGGAGAUGGCCACCUCGGAGUACCCCUACUCGGAGUGCCAGAACGCGGCCCAGAUCUACCGCAAGGUCACCUGUGGUAUCAAGCCGGCCAGCUUUGAGAAAGUGCACGAUCCCGAAAUCAAGGAGAUUAUUGGGGAGUGUAUCUGCAAAAACAAGGAGGAAAGGUACGAGAUCAAAGAUCUGCUGAGCCACGCCUUCUUCGCAGAGGACACGGGCGUGAGGGUGGAGCUCGCGGAGGAGGACCACGGCAGGAAGUCCACCAUUGCCCUGAGGCUCUGGGUGGAAGACCCCAAGAAACUGAAGGGAAAGCCCAAGGACAAUGGGGCCAUAGAGUUCACCUUCGACCUGGAGAAGGAGACGCCGGAUGAGGUGGCCCAAGAGAUGAUUGAGUCUGGAUUCUUCCACGAGAGUGACGUCAAGAUCGUGGCCAAGUCCAUCCGUGACCGUGUGGCGUUGAUCCAGUGGCGGCGGGAGAGGAUCUGGCCUGCGCUGCAGCCCAAGGAACAGCAGGAUGUGGGCAGCCCGGACAAGACCAGGGGUCCGCCGGUGCCCCUGCAGGUCCAGGUGACCUACCAUGCACAGACUGGGCAGCCCGGGCCACCAGAGCCCGAGGAGCCAGAGGCCGACCAGCACCUCCUGCCACCUACGUUGCCGACCAGCGCCACCUCCCUGGCCUCGGACAGCACCUUCGACAGCGGCCAGGGCUCUACCGUGUACUCGGACUCGCAGAGCAGCCAGCAGAGCGUGGUGCUUGGCUCCCUUGCCGACGCAGCGCCACCCCCGGCCCCGUGUGUGUGCAGCCCCCCUGUGAGUGAGGGGCCCCUCCUGCCGCAGAGCCUGCCCUCGCUGGGGGCCUACCAGCAGCCCACAGCUGCGCCUAGCCUGCCGGUGGGCUCCGCCCCAGCCCCCGCCUGCCCUCCGCCCCUCCAGCAGCACUUCCCGGAUCCAGCCAUGAGCUUCGCCCCCGUGCUGCCGCCGCCCAGCACCCCGCUGCCCACAGGUCCAGGCCAGCCAGCGCCCCCCGGCCAGCAGCCUCCUCCGCUGGCCCAGCCGACACCCCUGCCGCAGGUCCUGGCCCCACAGCCCGUGGGCCCCCUCCAGCCAGUGCCCCCCCACCUGCCAUCGUACCUGGCUCCAGCCUCCCAGGUGGGGGCCCCUGCUCAGCUGAAGCCCCUCCAGAUGCCACAGGCGCCCCUGCAGCCGCUUGCUCAAGUCCCUCCGCAGAUGCCCCCGAUUCCUGUUGUGCCCCCCAUCACGCCCCUGGCGGGAAUCGACGGCCUCCCUCCGGCCCUCCCAGACCUGCCGACUGCGACCGUGCCUCCCGUGCCACCGCCUCAGUAUUUCUCUCCAGCCGUGAUCUUGCCGAGCCUCGCUGCCCCACUCCCCGCUGCGUCCCCAGCCUUGCCUCUGCAGGCUGUGAAGCUGCCCCACCCCCCUGGGACACCCCUGGCCGUGCCCUGCAGGACCAUUGUGCCAAAUGCACCGGCCACCAUCCCCCUGCUGGCCGUAGCCCCACCGGGCGUGGCCGCCCUGUCCAUUCAUUCUGCCGUGGCCCAGCUCCCAGCCCAACCUGUAUACCCAGUGGCCUUCCCACAGAUGGCACCCACCGAUGUCCCUCCUUCCCCCCACCACACGGUGCAGAAUAUGAGGGCCACCCCUCCCCAGCCGGCACUGCCCCCGCAACCUACGCUACCCCCGCAACCCACGCUGCCCCCACAACCCACGCUGCCCCCACAACCUGUGCUGCCCCCGCAGCCGGCACUGCCUGUGCGCCCUGAGCCCCUCCAGCCCCACCUUCCUGAACAAGCUGCUCCAGCUGCUGCACCGGGGAGCCAGAUUCUGCUUGGCCACCCAGCUCCCUAUGCUGUGGAUGUCACCGCUCAGGUCCCCACCGUGCCUGUGCCACCGGCUGCGGUCCUCUCCCCGCCUCUGCCGGAAGUGCUGCUGCCCACCGCCCCUGAGCUCCUGCCUCAGUUCCCCAGUUCCCUGGCCACGGUGUCCGUCUCUGCGCAGAGUGUGCCCACCCAGACCGCCACGCUUCUGCCACCAGCAAACCCGCCACUGCCUGGCGGGCCUGGGAUUGCCAGCCCCUGCCCAGCUGUCCAGCUGACGGUGGAACCAGCCCAAGAGGAGCAGGCCUCACAGGACAAGCCGCCCGGCCUCCCGCAGAGCUGUGAGAGCUACGGAGGUUCUGAUGUCACUUCUGGAAAAGAGCUGAGUGACAGCUGCGAAGGCGCCUUUGGAGGGGGCAGGCUGGAGGGCAGGGCAGCCCGGAAACACCACCGCAGGUCCACGCGCGCACGCUCCCGGCAGGAGAGGGCCAGCCGACCCCGGCUUACCAUCUUGAACGUCUGCAACACUGGGGACAAGAUGGUGGAGUGCCAGCUGGAGACGCACAACCACAAGAUGGUGACCUUCAAGUUCGACUUGGAUGGAGACGCACCUGAUGAGAUAGCCACGUAUAUGGUGGAGCAUGACUUCAUCCUGCAGGCCGAGCGGGAGACGUUCAUCGAGCAGAUGAAGGAUGUCAUGGACAAGGCAGAGGACAUGCUCAGCGAGGACACGGAUGCUGACCGUGGCUCUGACCCAGGGACCAGCCCGCCACACCUCAGCACCUGUGGCCUGGGCGCCGGGGAGGAGAGCCGGCAAUCCCAAACCAACGCCCCCGUGUAUCAGCAGAACGUCUUGCACACUGGGAAGAGGUGGUUCAUCAUCUGUCCGGUGGCUGAGCACCCCGCCCCUGAGGCCCCUGAAUCUUCGCCCCCACUUCCUCUCAGCUCCAUGCCUCCAGAAGCCAGCCAAGAUCCAGCGCCCUAUAAAGACCAGCUGUCCUCAAAGGAACAACCCGGCUUUCUAGCCGGUCAGCAGCUCCUGAGCCAGGCAGGCCCCAGCAACCCUCCUGGGGGGCCCCCAGCCCCUUUGGCCCCCUCCUCCCCUCCUGUGACUGCUCUGCCCCAAGAUGGAGCAGCUUCAGCCACCAGCACCAUGCCAGAGCCAGCAUCAGGAACUGCCAUCCAGGCAGGGGGUCCAGGGACCCCUCAGGGGCCGACCAGUGAGCUCGAGACUUCUCAGCCACUAGUGGAGACUCACGAGGCCCCGCUUGCUGUGCAGCCCGUCGUGGUGGGCCUAGGACCUUGCGCUCCAGCUCCAGAGGCUGCCUCAACCAGGGAGGCCAGUGCCCUAGGGGAGCCCCUGCCAGCUCCUGCACCUGAGCCCAGCCCCCACAGCGGGGCCCCACAGCCCGCCUUGGGUCAGCCCACUCCCCUGCUUCCUGCCUCAGUGGGGGCUGUCAGCCUGGCCACUUCUCAGUUCCCAAGCCCACCCCUGGGACCCACCGUGCCCCCACAGCCACCCUCGGCCCUGGAGUCGGAUGGGGAAGGGCCGCCCCCCAGGGUCGGCUUUGUGGACAGCACCAUCAAGAGCCUGGACGAGAAGCUGCGGACUCUGCUCUACCAGGAGCAUGUGCCCACCUCUUCAGCCUCAGCCGGGACCCCUGUGGAGGUGGGCGACAGAGACUUCACCCUGGAGCCCCUGAGAGGGGACCAGCCCCGCUCAGAGGUCUGCGGGGGGGACCUGGCCCUGCCCCCAGCACCUAAUGAGGCGGUUGCAGGGCGUGCCCAGCUGCCCCAGCCCUUGGUGGAAAAGUCAGAACUGGCCCCCACUCGAGGGGCUGUGAUGGAGCAGGGCACAUCUUCGUCAAUGACAGCAGAGGCAUCUCCCAAGAGCAUGCUGGGCUAUGACAGAGAUGGAGGGCAGGUGGCCUCAGACUCCCGUGUGGUCCCCAGCGCCCCCCAGGAUGUACCUGCUUUUGUGAGACCUACACGCGUGGAGCCCACAGACAGGGAUGGUGGAGUCGCUGGAGAAAGCUCAGCAGAGCCCCCUCAAAGUGGCGUGGGCAUUUCCACAGCGGGUGGCCAGGCCAGCCACCCCCAGACACUCGGCGCUCGAGCUUCGGGGUCCCCUCGGAAAUCCAGCGACUCCGGGGACGAGGGCCCUCGGGCGAGACCCCCGGUGCAGAAACAGGCGUCCCUGCCUGGGAGUGGCAGCGUGGCCGGCGACUUCGUGAAGAAGGCCACCGCCUUCCUGCAGAGGCCUUCUCGGGCCGGCUCGCUGGGACCUGAGACGCCCAGCAGGGCAGGCAUGAAGGUCCCCACAAUCAGCGUGACCUCCUUCCAUUCCCAGUCGUCCUACAUCAGCAGCGACAACGACUCGGAGCUCGAGGACGCUGACAUCAAGAAGGAGCUGCAGAGUCUGCGGGAGAAGCACCUGAAGGAGAUCUCCGAGCUGCAGAGCCAGCAGAAGCAGGAGAUCGAGGCUCUGUACCGCCGCCUGGGCAAGCCACUGCCCCCCAACGUGGGCUUCUUCCACACGGCACCCCCCACUGGCCGCCGGAGAAAAACCAGCAAGAGCAAGCUGAAGGCGGGCAAGCUGCUGAACCCCCUGGUGCGGCAGCUCAAGGUCGUGGCCUCCAGCACAGGUCACUUGGCUGACUCCAGCAGAGGCCCUCCCGCUAAGGACCCUGCCCAAGCCAGUGCGGGGCUCACUGCAGACAGCACGGGCCUGAGCGGGAAGGCAGUGCAGACCCAGCAGCCCUGCUCCGUCCGGGCCUCCCUGUCUUCGGACAUCUGCUCCGGCUUAGCCAGUGAUGGAGGCGGAGCGCGUGGCCAAGGCUGGACGGUUUACCACCCAACGUCUGAGAGAGUGACCUAUAAGUCUAGUAGCAAACCUCGUGCUCGAUUCCUCAGUGGACCCGUAUCUGUGUCCAUCUGGUCUGCCCUGAAGCGUCUCUGCCUAGGCAAAGAACACAGCAGUAGGUCCUCCACCAGCAGCCUGGCCCCAGGCCCUGAGCCAGGCCCCCAGCCCGCCCUGCACGUCCAGGCGCAGGUGAACAACAGCAACAACAAGAAGGGCACCUUCACGGACGACCUGCACAAGCUGGUGGAUGAGUGGACGAGCAAGACGGUGGGGGCCGCACAGCUGAAGCCCACGCUCAACCAGCUGAAGCAGACCCAGAGGCUGCAGGACAUGGAGGCCCAGGCAGGCUGGGCUGCCCCUGGCGAGGCGCGGGCUAUGACCGCACCUCGAGCAGGAGUGGGGAUGCCACGUCUGCCCCCAGCGCCCGGCCCGCUCUCCACCACGGUCAUUCCCGGAGCCGCCCCGGCCCUGUCCGUGCCCACACCAGAUCCUGAGGGUGAGAAGCCUGACUGACCCCGCCUAGACGCCAGGCCCACUUCACGCCGUCUAAGUGGAGACGUGACGGACCCUCAGGGCCAGCUGCUCCUCCUGUCCAGUUCACGCUGUUUUGUAACCACUUUCUAAGCAUUUUUUAUUCACAAUUGGAAACACAAAUGUAAUGCAAGAAUAAAAAAUAUUUUGGGGCAGAAA